CAAGAAGACUCCUACCAUGUAGUCAAAAACACUGCCUUCUUCGAAGUAGUCUUCUUGAAUGCAACAAUUUUAACAAUUAAAUUAAAAUCUAGGAACUUUUGCUCCAUACUGUUGGCCAAACUGAUCCAAUCGGAUUUGUUCCUUGUUCUGUACCGUCCUCCUAUUGGUGUAAAUCAAAUCUAUAUAGUGUAACGAUUUAGUUCGUCACUGUCAAAGUUUAUUUCGCGUUUUUAUUAUUUUUAAACUUUAUUUUAACUUGAUAACAUUUAUUAAACCAUACAAUGAUUUAGAGUAGAUUAUUGAUGAAUUAAAAUUGUAAUUUUAAAUAAAAGAUUUGGUGUUUGUGAAAUAGUGUUUUUGUUUUUUAAUCAUUUUGUUUUUUGUGUGCUUUUUAUCUAACCAUUUGAGGUAAUUUUAAAAGACUUGUUACUAUAUAUUAAUAAAGAAGUCAAAUAAUGUCUGUGGAGGACUACAAAAAACUUUCAGUGGAGGAAAAAUGCGAACACCACCUGUGGAAAGUCAGAGUGUGUGGUUACGAAGAAGCCGCAACAUUAUUCAGACAAAUUGGUGAAAAGUCGCCAGAGUUUGGCAACUUUUUGGGUUUAGUGAGAAAAUUUGUGAUUGACUCCAAUGUGGUGGGUCAGGAAAAAGGCCUGGAGGCCACCUUGGCCUACGUUGAAAACUAUGCCUUGGCAGGCAAAACAGCAGCCGAGGUAAUGUCAGGAAUUGUGGCAAAAUGCAUUGCAGCACCAAAAGCAAAAACCAGAGAGCUUGCAUUGCAAGUGACAUUGAUGUAUAUUGAAAUUGGGAAACAAGAAGUUGUUAUGGAAGAGUUGGUUAAAGGUAUAGAGCAGAAAAACCCUAAAAUUGUGGUGGCAUGUUUACAAGCUGUUACGACUGCAUUGAGAGAGUUUGGAAGCAAAAUUAUUCGAGUUGAACCAUUGCUUUUAAAAAUAUCCACACUUUUUGCCGACAGGGAUAAAUCUGUUAGAGAUGAGGCCAAACACAUGGUCAUAGAAAUGUAUCAGUGGAUUGGGCCAAUGUUAAAAGUACAGUUGGGUAAAUUACAUACAGUCCAAUUGGCAGAGUUGAAUUUGGAGUUUCAUAAAAUUGAGCAGCAAAAUGCAAAAGUGAGCCCAAAAAGGUUUACUCGCUCUCAUAAAAAAAAACAGGCGAAAAUUGCCACUGAGAAGGAAAAAACUAAAAAAGAUGAAGUUGAACAAAAUAAUGAAGAAGAGUAUGUGGUUGUGGAAAUUGACCCAUAUGAACUGGCAGAACCUGUGGAUAUCCUAUCGAAAUUGCCGCCAGAUUUUUACGAAAAAGUUGAAUCCAACAAAUGGCAGGAACGUAAAGAAGUGAUGGAAGUUGUAGAAAAUCUGCUAAAAACGCCGAAAUUAAAGAAAGGAGACUAUGGGGACUUGGUUAGAGCCUUCCAAAAGAUCAUUCAAAAAGAUAGCAAUGUUGUGGUGGUGGCUCUGGGUGGCAGAUGCAUGGCCAUGUUGGCAGCAGGCUUAAAAAAACGCUUCCAACAGUACGCUGUAUUGUGCGUUCCCGAUCUUUUGGAAAAGUUCAAGGAGAAAAAACCAAACGUACUGGCCGCCAUCAGGGAUGCCAUCGACGCCGUUUAUUUAUCGACUACUUUGGAAGCGAUUUUGGAGUAUUUGUUGGACGCUUUGCGCAAUAAGAAUCCGUCGGUAAAAUUGGAAACUGCCUUGUUUUUGAAGAGGGCUAUUUCUAAAAAACCAACAUCAACUGUUUCCAGUAAAAAUUUAAUAAAAGAAAUAACUGGCGUUUUAUUAAACAAUAGCAAUGGAGCAGAUCCUGCUUUAAGAACAGCUUCCAAAGAAGCGUUAGCUUACCUAUUUAAAUUGGCGGGUGAAAAAGUCAUGGGUCCAAUUUUUGCCGAGCUGACUCAAUUUUCAACGUUGUAUAGUGAAUAUAAAGCGUACGCCGAAAGUCUAUCAACAGAGAAACACAUUGCGCAGGCGCCUAAACCUGCCAUCACAAAACCCACAGUGCUUGUAGAGAGCGCGCCGGUCGCCAAAAAGAAGCCGGACAGACCGUCCGGGUCGGCCACCGUGGUGCGGUCGAAGGGCGCCAAAUCGGCCCCGAAAGCCGCCCCCAAACCGGCGGCCGAAAGGCACUUGUCGGACGAAGAGGUGGACGAGAUCGUUUCGGACGUUUUGUCCGCCAACAACAUCGGCGAGAUGUCGGACAGCAACUGGAAGACCAGGUUGGCGGCCGUGGAGAAGAUCGCCGCGGACUUGCGCGAUAGGGACGCGAAAUCGGUGCCCACUCAGGCUGUCAUAAAAGUGUUGGCCAGAAAACCUGGCUUGAAAGACACAAAUUUCCAGGUUUUGAAAGCCAGACUUGAGCUGGUCAAAUACCUGGCGGAAAAUUGUCAAUUUUCAACGACAUCGGCCGAAUGUUGCCUUAACGAUGUUUCGGAUAAAUUCGGCGAUCCGAAGAACGGCGCCAUUGCUGCCGAAGUGGUUACGGCAAUAGCCGAAUGCACUUCGUUGCCUUUCGUUUCCAACAACGUAAUGAAUUACAUAUUCUCUCAGAAAAACCCUAAAGUCAUCCAAGAGGGUUUGCUUUGGCUAUCAAACGCUAUAAGAGAGUUUGGUUUUGGUAAUUUAAACGCGAACAAGCUGAUUGAUAACGGCAAGAAAGCUUUGACGUCCUCCAAUCCACAAGUGAGACAAGCUUCUAUAACUUUAUUUGGUACAAUGUAUUUAUACAUGGGUGCCACCUUAAACGCGUUUUUCGACGCCGAAAGACAAAGUUUAAGAGAUCAAAUCCAAGUCGAAUUCGAUAAGUAUGAAGGCAAGAAACCUCCACUACCCACCAAAGGUGAUGCAAAAUCAGCAAGUUCCAACACACUGGACGGAAUGGACGAAGACGAAACCGAACAGGAACCGGAACCGAUAAAUGUCCAAGAUAUCUUACCUCGUGUCGAUAUAAGUUCGCAGAUAACCGAGGCCCUAAUCAACGAAAUUUCCGACAAGAACUGGAAGGUGCGCAACGAAGGGCUGGACAAAAUUAGCGCCAUGCUGGCAGAAGCCAAGUUCAUCAAACCCAGUUUGGGCGAAUUACCUCACGCGCUGGCGCAGAGGUUAACGGACAGCAACAUCAAGAUCGCGCAGGCCUCCUUAAUUAUCUGCAAGAACAUCACAAUUGCCAUGGGACCGCCCUGCAAACAGUACAUCAGAACUUUGUUUCCGGGAUUUUUGCAAGGACUUGGUGAUAGUAAAAGUUGGAUGCGGACUGCAUCUUUAGACGCUAUCAAUGCCUUUUCCGAACAGUGCGGUUACAAGGAAUUCUUCGAAGGCGAAAUGAUCGGUGAUGCCUUAAAAUCUGGUUCCCCUACCCUCAGAAACGAAGUGUGGAUUUGGCUGGGCGAAAAACUACCCAUAAUUGCUGUAAAAUCAAUCCCGAAGGACGAACUGAUCAUCUGCGUGCCGCAUCUCUUUAAUAACGUCGAGGACCGUAACGCCGAUGUGCGAAAGAGCGCAAAAGCUGCAGUUCUGGGCUUCAUGAUGCACUUGGGGUACGACAGCAUGUUGAAACAAACGGAAAAACUGAAACCGGGUUCGAAAUCGGCCGUUGUAUCAGCCUUGGACGAAGCGAGACCGAAUCUGCCGGUCAAACCGUUGCCCAAAAAACAGGCACCGGUCGAGGAGAAGGCGGUGAGGGGCACCAAGCCCGUGGCCACGUCCAAGAACGCCGUCAAGAAGGGUGCUGCGGUCGCCAAACCGGCCGCCACCGCCAGCUCGCGCAAAAAAGACGAGGACGUCGAUGUGUCGCCUCUUUUGCAAACCAACGCGCUGAAGAAUCAGCGUUCGAUAGACGAGGCCAAACUGACCGUUCCGAAGUGGAACUUCACGACGCCCAGAGGGGAAUUCGUCGACCUCCUCAAAGACCAGAUGACGACGGCGAACGUGAACAGGUCCUUGAUGGCCAACAUGUUCCACUCGGACUUCCGGUACCACAUCAAGGCUCUCGAGGCCUUGAGCGAAGAUUUGCCGGCGAAUGACCAAGCUUUGAUAGCGAACUUGGAUUUGGUUCUCAAAUGGCUGACGCUCAGGUUUUUCGACACAAACCCUUCAGUAUUAAAUAAAGGGCUGGAAUAUUUGCACGACGUUUUCAAUAUGCUCACUGAUAAAAGUUACAUAUUGCAACACGGCGAGGCUUCAGCAAUUAUACCUUACAUUGUCCUUAAGAUGGGAGAUCCAAGCGACUCGGUCAGAAACGGUGUAAACGCUUUGAUAAAACAACUGUAUUCAAUUUAUCCCAUCAGUAGGGUUUUUGCUCAUAUCAAGGAUGGCGUAAAAUCUAAAAACGCCAGGCAAAGGGCUGAAUGUUUGGACGCUUUGAGAUCUAUUAUCAGCAGAUACGGCACGACAGCUUGCUUUCCUUCGGCGGCAGUCUGUUUGAAAGAGGUGGCCAAACAAAUAUCAGAUCGCGACAAUUCGGUGCGAAACGCAGCUUUGAGCUUCUUGGUGCAAGCGCAUAAAAGCGAUGGCGAUAAGGUUUUCCAAAUGGUCGGAAAUAUCCCCGAAAAGGAUAUGUCGCUUCUGGAGGAACGAAUCAAGCGUGCCCAGCAAAAAGGACCAUCGCCAGUCACGGAAGUCAACGUGACCCAACGGAGGCGUGUUCAAACAGUUCAAACAGUCGACCAAGAAGAAAACCAAGAAAAUAUAGCGCCGAAUAGUAGAAAAGAACAAGUCUCGGUGUCUCCCAAAUUGGCCGACAAAAGCAAAAACCGAGGACUCGUCGGCGUGAUCAAAGACAUUGGCUCGACAAACAAGGACGUGGCCAUCGCGGCCUUCACGGAAAUGCAGAAGGUUCUGCGCAGCAUCAAGGGCAGCGCGUUUGCGCAGUACGAAGACCAUUUUGUGGCGUCUCUGACUGAACAAUUCAGGAAUCUCAGCGGAGAAGAUCCAGCGACGAAUGUCAAGGCGUUCAGAGUGUACAAACAGUUGGGGUUUAUCAUCGGUCUGUUCUACCAAAACAAAUCUCUGGUUAGAAGGGUGUCGCACCCGGUGCUGGCCGACAUGCUGAGCGAAAUAAUCGAUUUGUUGGUGUCGGGAAAGCUGGAAAAAUGCGAGAACGGCGAGUUUUGCACUCUGAUGUUUAACCUGGAGUUCAAUUCUAGGAUCAUCGAGAAUUCAGAUCGCACCCACAUCGCCUGCGCCCUCGUGUGUUUGCUGCAGAAAAGCAUCGGGAAGGGGGCGCGAUACACCGAACUCGUGGCAGAGUUCUCGCGAAUGGUGUUAGAGGAGAUGCCCGAGUGGGGCGACACCAUCGAUUUCGACUGGCUGAUGAGUUGUCUGCACGACAUCAUCAAAAACAACGGAGAUUUAAAAAAGUUGGAAGAGGUCGCUCCGGUUCAGUUCAAAGUCGUCACAACCCUAAUAGAAUACAGCAUCAGAAUGAAAGGAAAAGACAUAUUGAAUCACUUUGGAAAAGUCCCUGAGGUAUCUGAAGUAAAGAAUUAUAUUUACAAAUUAAUCAUGACUACGCCACUUGAAAGGAGUAGACCUUUUUCUCAGUUCAAUGUUAUAAUGGAGGACGAGGAGUACAAAAAACUCCCGGUGGACGAAAAAUGCGUUCACAAACUGUGGAAAGCCAGAGUUUGCGGAUAUGAAGAAGUAACAACGCUAUUCAGACAGAUAGACGACGAAAAAUCGCCGGAAUUCAGCAAAUAUUUAGGCUUGGUGAAGAAAUUUGUUAUUGACAGCAAUGCUAUGGGCCAGGAGAAAGGCCUGGAGGCCACCUUAGCCUACGUCGAAAACUACGCCUUGGCAGGCAAAACAGUAUCCGAAGUAAUGUCGGGAAUUGUAACAAAAUGCAUUGCCGCACCGAGAACAAAGACGAGAGAGCUUGCUUUGCAAGUUACACUGAUGUAUAUAGAAAUAGAGAAACAAGAAGCAGUUAUGGAAGAGUUGGUUAAAGGUAUGGAACAAAAGAACCCAAAAAUCGUGGCGGCUUGUAUACAAGCAGCAACGACUGCACUGAGAGAAUUCGGAAGUAAAAUCAUUCAAGUUAAACCAUUGGUGAAGAAAAUAACAACGCUAUUCGCGGAUAGAGAUAAAUCGGUGAGAGAUGAGGCUCGACAAAUGGUAAUAGAGAUGUACCGGUGGAUUGGGCCAGCUUUAAAGACACAGUUGACUAAUUUACAACCAGUUCAAAUCACGGAGUUGGAGGCGGAAUUUGGAAAAAUUGAGGGGCAAAAAGCAUCGCCAACAAGAUAUAUUCGCUCACAGCAACAAAGGCAAGCCAAAAUUGCUGCAGAGGCAGAAGAAGUUGAUGGUGUUGGAGACGAUGAAGGAGAAGAGGAUGCGGCCGUGGAAAUCGACCCGUACGAGCUGGCCGAUCCCGUGGACAUUCUAUCGAAGUUGCCGAAAGAUUUUUACGAAAAAGUCGAAGCGAAAAAAUGGCAGGAACGCAAAGAAGCGAUGGAGUGCAUCAUUCAGAAAGACAGUAAUGUUGUGGUGGUGGCGCUGGGGGGCAGAUGCAUGGCCAUGUUGGCGGCGGGUUUGAAAAAACGUUACCAACAGUACGCAGGGGCGUGCGUUUCCGCUCUGUUGGAGAAAUUCAAGGAGAAGAAGCAAAACGUCGUGACCGCCCUCAGGGAUGCCAUCGACGCCGUAUAUUUAUCGACUACUUUGGAAGCAAUUUUGGAGGACGUGUUGGAGGCUUUGGCCAAUAAGAAUCCGUCGGUGAAAACGGAAACUUCUUUUUUCUUGUCGAGGGCCUUCUCGAAAACUUUGCCGACUUCAAUUUGUCCGUUUUUUUUUGGAAAUAUUAAAACCCCAGUCUCCAAUACACUUUUUCCUUUAAUCUUAGAUCCUGGAGUGAGGGACGCCUCUGCCGACGCCAUAGGCACCUUGAUGAAGCUGGUGGGCGAAAAAGCCAUCGGCCCGUUUUUGGUCGAUCUCGAAAAGGACAACCUGAAAAUGACGAAAAUCCGCGAGUGCUGCGAGAAAGCCGUGAUAACUGCGAAAGCGCCCGGCGGCGCCAAAAAAGAGCGGGCGCCCGCCAAACCGGCGCCCAAAAUUUCGACUGAAAGCGUCAAGGCGCCGCCCAGAACCAAAAAAGCUGCAGCAAGCGCGCCGGCCGCCAAAAAGAAGCCGGACAUAUCGUCCGGGUCGGCCACCGUGGUGCGGUCGAAGGGCGCUAAAUCGGCCCCGAAAGCCGCCCCCAAACCGGCGGCCGAAAGGCAUUUAUCGGACGAAGAGGUGGACGAGAUCGUUUCGGACGUUUUGUCCGCCAACAACAUCGGCGAGAUGUCGGACAGCAACUGGAAGACCAGGUUGGCGGCCGUGGAGAAGAUCGCCGCGGACUUGCGCGAUAGGGACGCGAAAUCGGUGCCCACUCAGGCUGUCAUAAAAGUGCUGGCCAGAAAACCUGGCUUAAAAGACACAAAUUUCCAGGUUUUGAAAGCCAGACUUGAGCUGGUCAAAUACCUGGCGGAAAAUUGUCAAUUUUCAACGACAUCGGCCGAAUGUUGCCUAAACGAUGUUUCGGAUAAAUUCGGCGAUCCGAAGAACGGCGCCAUUGCAGCCGAAGUGGUUACGGCAAUAGCCGAAUGCACUUCGUUGCCUUUCGUUUCCAAUAACGUAAUGGAUUACAUAUUCUCUCAGAAAAGCCCCAAAGUCAUCCAAGAGGGUUUGCUUUGGCUAUCAAACGCUAUAAGAGAGUUUGGUUUUAGUAAUUUAAACGUGAACAUGCUGAUUGACAACGGCAAGAAAGCUUUGGCGUCUUCUAAUCCACAAGUGAGGCAAGCUUCUAUAACUUUAUUCGGUACAAUGUAUUUAUACAUGGGUGCCACCUUAAACGUGUUUUUCGACGCCGAAAGACAAAGUUUAAGAGAUCAAAUCCAAGUCGAAUUCGAUAAGUAUGAAGGCAAGAAACCUCCACUACCCAGCAAAGGUGUUGUAAAAUCAGCAAGUUCCAAUACACUGGACGGAAUGGACGAAGACGAAACCGAACAGGAACCGGAACCAAUAAAUGUCCAAGAUAUCUUACCUCGUGUCGAUAUAAGUUCGCAGAUAACCGAGGCCCUAAUCAACGAAAUUUCCGACAAGAACUGGAAGGUGCGCAACGAAGGGCUGGACAAAAUUAGCGCCAUGCUGGCAGAAGCCAAGUUCAUCAAACCCAGUUUGGGCGAAUUACCUCACGCGCUGGCGCAGAGGUUAACGGACAGCAACAUCAAGAUCGCGCAGGCCUCGUUAAUUAUUUGCAAGAACAUCACAAUUGCCAUGGGACCGCCCUGCAAACAGUACAUCAGAACUUUGUUUCCGGGAUUUUUGCAAGGACUUGGUGAUAGUAAAAGUUGGAUGCGAACUGCAUCUUUGGACGCUAUCAACGCUUUUUCCGAACAGUGCGGUUACAAGGAAUUCUUCGAGGGCGAAAUGAUCGGCGAUGCCUUAAAAUCUGGUUCCCCCACCCUCAGAAACGAAGUGUGGAUUUGGCUGGGCGAAAAACUACCCAUAAUUGCCGUAAAAUCAAUCCCGAAGGACGAACUGAUCAUCUGCGUGCCGCAUCUCUUCAACAACGUCGAGGACCGUAACGCCGAUGUGCGAAAGAGCGCAAAAGCUGCAGUUCUGGGCUUCAUGAUGCACUUGGGGUACGACAGCAUGUUGAAACAAACGGAAAAACUGAAACCGGGUUCGAAAUCGGCCGUUGUAUCAGCCUUGGACGAAGCGAGACCGAAUCUGCCGGUCAAACCGUUGCCCAAAAAACAGGCACCGGUCGAGGAGAAGGCGGUGAGGGGCACCAAGCCCGUGGCCACGUCCAAGAACGCCGUCAAGAAGGGUGCUGCGGUCGCCAAACCGGCCGCCACCGCCAGCUCGCGCAAAAAAGACGAGGACGUCGAUCUGUCGCCUCUUUUGCAAACCAACGCGCUGAAAAAUCAGCGUUCGAUAGACGAGGCCAAGCUGAAAGUCCUGAAGUGGAACUUCACGACGCCGAGAGAGGAAUUCGUCGACCUCCUCAAAGACCAGAUGACGACGGCAAACGUGAACAGGUCCUUGAUGGCCAACAUGUUCCACUCGGACUUCCGGUACCACAUCAAGGCUCUCGAGGCCUUGAGCGAAGAUUUGCCGGCGAACGGCCAAGCUUUGAUAGCCAACUUGGAUUUGGUUCUCAAGUGGCUGACGCUGAGGUUUUUCGACACGAACCCUUCGGUGCUGCUCAAAGGGUUGGAAUACUUGCAGUGCGUUUUCAACAUGCUUAUGGACACCAAAUACCACAUGCAAGAAAAUGAGGCUUCGGCGUUUAUACCGUAUUUGGUUCUUAAGAUUGGAGAUCCGAAGGAUUCCGUCAGAAACGGCGUCAAAGUGUUGCUAAAGCAGAUUUCCUUUAUUUACAACGUGGCGAGGCUCUUCACUUUACUAAUGGAAGGACUCAAGUCUAAAAAUGCGAGGCAAAGGGCAGAAUGUCUCGAAACUAUGGGAUCUAUUAUUGAGGAGUUUGCGGCUUGUUUGAAAGAGGUGGCAAAACAAAUAUCCGAUCGCGACAAUUCGGUGCGAAACGCAGCUUUGAACUGCGUAGUGCAAGCGUAUUUCAUCGUGGGCGAGAAAGUGUACAAAAUGGUUGGAAAUAUCUCCGACAAGGACAUGUCGUUGCUGGAGGAGCGCAUCAAGCGUUCGCAACGUAAAAUCCCGCCUCCAAAACCGAAAAUGGACGUCAACUCAGCCAUUACUCACCCUGCGAAAUCCCCUCCAUCGAGCCAAACCGCUUCUCCCGUAAGAAACGGAAACACCAGCGGUAAUCACGACGACGAUGAUGAAGAAGAAGACCAGGAAGAGGAGGAGGCUAUACCGCAAGUAACUUUACCGCCGCAGAUCCAGAUGGAGCCCGAGCCGGAAGUGACGAACGGUCCGUUCCGCUUCGACCCGGAAGUGAUGCGCAGGCUGGACCAGAUGACGGAGGACAUCGACAGGCAGAAGGAGAUCGUGAAUCGCAACAUGGCAGGCUUGCAGGUCGAUUUCAACGACGACACUUUGGUGACUCACAGCUUCGUGCGCAAGACUCACCACGACAAGGAACUGAACGCCUUGAUCGGGGACAUCAGCUCGCCCAACAUGGACAUGGCCAUCUCGGCCAUUACGGAAAUGCAAGAAUUUCUGCGCAGCAACAAGAGUGGUGCCGUAGCGGAACAUGAAAACGAAUUUAUGAAAUCUAUCGUGGAACAAUUCAAGCAUUUGAGCAGAGAAGAUCCAGUUGUAAAUGACGAGGCGCUUAGAGUGUACAGAAACUUGUUGACUCUGAUCGAUGCUGUAAGUUGUUUUUUUUCCGCAGCCAAGUUUGUUCAAUGGUGUUUUUUUCCUCAGUUCUACCUAAACAAGACGCUGGGCAAAAAGGUGACGGUACCGGCGCUGGUCAAUCUGCUAAACGAAAUGAUUCACUUGCUGGUUGCGGAAAAGCUUGAAAAAUGCGAAACCGGCGACGCUUACGUCAAAGUAAUCAACCUGCAAUGCGUGAAAAUAAUCGACCAAUCCGACCACACCAACAUCAUAUGCGCCCUGGUGCAGCUGCUGCAAGAGAGCAUCAGAAAGGACGUGGGCGCGCGGCACACCGAUCUGGUGAUGAAGUCCAUCUGGAGGGUGCUGAAGAUCAUGUCGACGUGGAACGACCACAUCGACUACGACUCGGUGCUGCUGGAGGUGCACUUUUUCCUCAAGGAGUUCCCGUCGAGCUGGUGGAAAAAUCGGCCUUCCGACACCGCGCUCAGGACCAUCAAGACCAUCUUGCAUUCCAGCACUUUAAAGCUGGACGAGGGCAAACCUUUGCCUGCGGUUCAGCAGUCGAACCCCUCGCCCGCCAAAACGUCCGACUCGACGAAGAAGACGCUGUCGCGCGCCAAUCAGGCGAUGCUGACGGACAUCUUCACGAAAAUCGGCAACAAGGACGAAACGAAGGACGGCGUAACGCUGCUGUACGACUUCAUGCAGCAGCAUCCCGAGGCGGAUAUCGACCCGUUUCUGAAGAGGACCAACAAAUUUUUCCAGGACUACAUCAAAAACGGCCUCAACGAGAUCGAGGACAUGAGGAAAAACGCCAAAACUUCGAUUACAGAAAAGGCAAAUGAAGCUCCUGAAAAUCCGCUUGCAAAUUUGCCAGCAAUUAAUAAUCAACAGGGCAGAGGUAUGGACUAUUGGGAGGCCAGACUUAAAUAUUGGAACAACCGAUGGGAUGAAACUUGUAGGAAAUUUACAGAGUAAUAGUGCUGGUUAUUAUUCAAAGACGCCUAACUUAUUUUAUUUACUAACUCACUUACCCACCUAAUUUAUCAAGUUUUAAUAUUUCAAUUAGAUUUUAACUGAUGAGAAUGUGAUAAUGAAUUUUAUAGGAAAUGUGGUAGUUUCGAAGUGUACUCUUAUAGAAAUUUGUUGAUAUAUUUUAUUAUUAGUGGAAAAAUCAUCGACCAUUUCCCCCUAUUAACAUUUCAAUUUUAUAAGUUGUUUGUUUUUAUUUAUUUCGUACGUAGUAAUUUAAGCUCUCUGUUUUUUACAACUGAUUUUUGUUAGAUUUAGGAAAAACCAUAUAUUUUUUACCUGUUAAUGUACUUCAUAUUGUUUAAUACACAUUCACGUAUU